AUGAGCACCGAAGAGCAGCCGCAACAGCCCCAACAGCCGCAGGAACCGGAAGUCCCCGAAGACGCCAUCGAGGUAGCGCAAGUCCAAUAUGCUUGGAUUUGGUCCUCUUGGUGGCUACUCGCCAUUGUCCUCCUUCUCUUUGUCUUCAGCGUCUUCCCCGACCCCUUCACUCCCGCGGUUCUCGCCGUUGUUAUCCUCAUACCGAAAUACUGGCAGUGGCGGCGGACCAGGUACUACCUUACCGAAGACGCGCUCAUCUACCAGCGUGGCGGCAUCCUGCAGACCCGCCGCUUCCUGAUCCCCUUUAAGCGACUGAAGGAAACUCGCGCCAGGUUCGGUAUGUUCGGCAGGGCACUGGGAUUCCAACACGUCGAUAUCAUACUCGACAACGGCGCCCUCGCCACCCUCGUCUACGUCCCCGCCCAAAUGGACGUCGCCGACUACUUCCAAAAGCGCAUGAAAGGCGGCGGUACAUCCGAAGACCCGCCUGAAGAGGGUGCCGCUGACGAAGCCGAUCCGGGCGAAGAGAAGAGCUAG